AUGUUGACAAAGAACUCCUCCAAAGGUGUGGGCGAUGAUGCGGAUCUCGUUCGACUGGGGCAAGUCGUCGACCGUCGGGGUCCAAUAAUGCGCCAGCGCGGGCCCUCUCUUGCGGCCCGCUGGAGCGCCAUUGAGUACUCAGGACGGAGUACGGAGUAUUAUGAGCCACCACAAUUGAUGCCAAGGGAGGCCGAGCAGCGAAUCGACUUUUUCAUGGGCCUGCCAAAGGACGCCAUUUCCGGGGCUGCGUCUGACCGCCAGAGUGAACUUUGA